CACGUUAUCAAGAAUAUUAGCACACACACAAAAAAAAAAAAAACCUUUUUUUCCAGAAUCUCCGUGUGGACAGCUCCCUCCGACUGUUUUUUCAGCAAAUGGAAUGUUGGGUACCAUUGUUUCAGAUAUUCUUGAACUCCCCUUGUCCCGAAACCGAAGCAUCUCUAUGGUUACAACAGUCUUUCAACCAAUCUGGCUCCACCACCAUUUCAACAACCUCCUUCCUUUCACUCCUCAACAAACCUACCGAUAUCACCAUCACCGAUUCCUCGUCUUCUCCAUCUCUCGCAAAACGGGUUAUGUGGAUACAGACUCUACCAAAUGCAGUUCAAGCUCGCAUUUUGUCAUUUCUUCUUUAUGAUAGCCGGAGAUUUUGUGAAAGUGACUUGCGUCAGCUUGCGGAAACUAUGUUGAAGGAGUGCAAAGAGCUUGAUUUUUGGGUAAAGCGGGCUGCACAUCAGCUGCUCGACGUAGUGUCUAGGUCAAACCAUGAAUGGUUAACUAGCUUGAACUUGGAUUCUGAAGAAGAACUAGUGGAUGAUGAAUUUAGUUCAUUACCCAAUUGGCUUAAGGAUGCUGCCAAUGACAGUGAUUUGAUGUUUCCAUGGCUGCCUAUAUCACAGAAACAAUUCAACUUGGCAAUGCAGUUUAGUAGUUGUGGAGAAAAUGAUGAUCCUUUGAGUGAAUGCGAAGAGGGUAAACGAGAAAUGAUGGAUGACGUAAUGGAGGAGGUUGAUGAAGUAAUUGAGGAAGUAGAUGACUACUUGAACCCUCAAGUUGAAGAAAUGGCUGGGCGCUUGAAAGACCGGUUGUUUUCUCUCCAGUCUACAGCUAAAGCUGUGGAAUUGGCAGGGGAAAUUCGGCAGCUUUGUAAAGGAGGGGGGAAGUCUUUGGCUGUUUUGAGCAUAAUUGAACCUUGGAGAGCUGAUGAUGAGACAGCUGCAGUUUUAAUGUCCAAUCUUCUAGACGGGAAUGAAGAUGAACUUGGUUGGCCCAGUCACGUUCUUUGCGCUGUCAUUCUUCCCAAGUUGUUGCUUUUGAAAGAACCAGCUUCUCGUGCGUUACUAACAGCAGCAAUAGAGUACUCUAAAGUUCAUCAGAGAGCUGCAGAGUAUGCGUUGCUACUGCCGCUGAUUCUUCGAAUGGAAGGCAUAAAUAGCCCUAUGUGUGAUGUAAUAACAAGGAUAGUUAAAGAAUCUUUGCACCCAGGCCAUAUUUCUGCCUUCUGCCAGAAACUUCUCUGCGAUGGGGACAAUCUGAAGAAAUUCAUCUCCCUUCCCUGUCAUCAAUGCUUAAUUGGAAGUAAAUUGGUAUGGACUGAGUCAUUAUUUAAUUUGAUGCAAAAUAUCCUAAAUCAUAACAUUCAUUUGACUCAAGACUCAGUUGAUAGACUUGUUCAGCAUGCUUGGGAAUCUGCUGAGAGGUUUUCAAAGUCUUUGAAAUUUGGAAACUUUUUAUUAUGUUUUGUCACCAAAUGUGCUCCUUUGUUGUCUCAAAAAUCUUUACUCAUAGAAGCCACUCAGCGUACUAAUACUCUGGUGACAAAAUCUGUGUUGUCAAAAUUGUCUAGUUUGUAAGUGGCCUAUACCCUGUUAAACAAACAGCUAUGUAAAUACAUUAUUGUUUUUUUGGACUUAGUUUCUUAAAGAAACUACUAUAAAAUUUUUACAACAGGUUUGAUAGGAAUUAACCUGAUUGUUUAUACAGAUGGUAUUUCUUAAUAGUUUUUACUGAAUCAGAUUGCUGUUUUUUCCAGUUGUAGUUAUAAUGAUAUUAAUACCUUAUGUCAUGCACUACAAGAGAAAUGUUCUUCCUUGUCUUGGGUCUGUGUGGGUUGAUAAAACUAAGGAUGGAUAUUUAACAAUUAGGUGGACAAACAUAACGUUUGGACGGAGGAAAUGUGAAAGUGAGUCUUAUAAACUCUCUCUCUCUCUCUCUCUCUCUCCCAUUCCCAAUUUUCUGUUCCUUAAAUCUAUUUCAGGAAGGUGUAAGCCGUAAGGUGUACUUCAGAUUUACACUAAACACAAAUAAUUUAAAAUAUUUCGAGUUGACAAAGGUUCUUCAGGAGGAAUUUGUCUGUGACUUUGCAUAUGGUGCUGUAUCUCUUGCUAGAUGAUAAGAUUAAGAGAAUUUAGCAUUAUACAGAUUAUUCUUCGUUAAAAGAUUGUUAUGCUCACAGCGAUAGGUAGCAGGUAAUCAUCAAUCAACCACUACCAAGAAAUGCUCUCUGGAGUUAGUUUUCUUUUAUUGAUACAACCAAAAUAAAUCAACUUAUUUUUGCUCUUCUGCAAGUGUCAUUGGUCUAUGAAUAACAACCUUUCAAAGCAAUUCUAACUUUGACCUUAAAACUUUUAAUGAGAUGUUACAUGAUAAAGGAAGCUUAUAUACAUUAGCUUCUCUUGAACUAUAACCAGAAAGAAGGCUCAAACAGAAAAAAA